AUUACAUGCCAAUAAAAAACAUGGGGCAUUGACUUGACAAAAAGACUUGUAGAGUCCACAAAGGCAAAUUCCUUCCCUUCUUCUCUACAUUGCAAAACCCAGAACAGUGGUUACACCCUCAUUUUCUUCCCUUCUUCUCCUGAUUUGCCAUGUAGUUUAUUUACAGUUUCCUAAGACCGAAAUUCCAUCAUCAAAACCCUUGCUUCAACUCCUUAUAGCAAAGAAACAUUGACAGUAUAAAACCCAAAGUUUCAUUCUUGACUUCUCUGGUCACAAAUUUAUAUGGAAAAACCCAGAGUCACCAUCACCUUGGGAGACUCAGGCAAGGUGGUUAAGAUGAGAGAUUAUGCCAUGUUUGAUCAUGGAAGGAUGAGUGGACGCAAAAGAUUCUUAAAAAACAGGCCCCGGAGUUAUGGUGGUGCCGACAAGUACAUGUCCAGCAACAAAAGGCAUCGAGGAGAUGGCUCUGAAUGGAGAUCAGGUGGCAGUAGAUUAAAAGGUUCUUGUCUUGCUGGAAAGGACCUCCGGUUAAAACUGAUGCGCAAGUCCCGAACACAUCACUUUAGAAGUGUUUUAGAAGACCGUAGAAAAAGGAUUUUAGAAAAGCUGUCAAAAGAUAUUCGGCCGCCGCAAAAUCUUAGCAUGCAUCCAUGUAGGCCUGGACCAAAUGGAAUCGACAAUCUGAAUCGAAUUACUACCAAUUGCGUUAGAGAUGGUUUGCAUAUUUACUCUUUGCAAACUAUGGAUGGAUCGAGAGGUUUUGCUGAGAUGCCUCAGAAAAUACCAACUGCACCUGCAAGGGCUGAUCUGUUUUCAAGCAAUGGGAUUUUUUAUCCUUCCAGGGUGACUGGCAUCAUACCUCUCACAGGAAACGAUGUAACUGCCAGCCGGGUCACAUCUGUAGCACCAAUGAGCAGCAUAGUGCAGAGAAGGCAACAUGUUUUUCUAUUUCUUGGAAUUUCGCAGGAUAACGAACCUUUCACUGUUACUGCCUUGUUGGACUCACUCGGUUUAGGGAAAUAUGCCAUUCAUUUUAAGGCUGAAGAAGUGGAUAUGACUGCAUUGAGGCAAAUGGGAGAAAGGGAUCUCAAAGAGUUGGGGAUACCAAUGGGACCAAGAAAGAAACUUCUUGCUUUUAUGCCCCCUUCGAGGUGGCAUCUUCCACAUAUGUGACGUUAGUUUGGUGUUUAGUUGAUGGAGUUUCCACCGCAUGUCAGUUUGAGAAUCUUAAAGAGCGUAAACCAACAAGGUGUGUUUUCCAUUUCUAAGUUGUUGUACCCAUCAUUUGUAGUUCUCUUCAUUUUAGCAAGGCAAAGUAGGUGGAUUAUCAUAUUGAUGUAUGUAUCUGGACAAAUCUCUCAUUGUAAUGUAAAUUACCCCCCAUUUAGAUUUU